CCCUUGUAAGCAUUCUUUCAGAGAUGGCUUUGUUCGCUUCACUGGCCGUGGCCUGUCUUUUUCUGUUGGUUGCUCCAAGCUAUGGACAGUUUGGCCCGACAACGAAAUGCCAGUAUAUGGACUGCGAUGGCUUUGACUACAGCAAGUGUACAAGCAGCGAGAAAACUUGCAGCGCCUUCAGCAAGGGCUACUGCGUGUCCGCGACGGAGUACGACGCCACCGUCGGUUUCCAGCUGAAAUGGAAGAAGGGAUGUGACGGGGAUUUCACGUCUAACGUCAACUGCGGUACCCAGAACACUAGCAAACACAUUGAGACCAGUCCAUUCGAUAGCUCGGUUGUCGUCGUUGCCAAUGUCUACCAGUGUUGCUAUGGGGAUAACUGCAACACCGGCAAGCCACCCAGGGAUCCAGGUGCGAAGGAUCCGCCAUCUACUGGCGGACCCGUUGUGCAAUCAUCUACCGGUGGCGGUGGACCCGCUAGUCAGCCAUCUACCCGAGGCCCCGCUGCAACCGUCACCACAUCGUCGGCUUCAUGGCCUCGCGGCCAGCUUGCAGCGCUGGUACUGAGUGCAGCGGCUGCAUAUGUGAUGCACUAGCGGAAUGCUGCGAGACUGUUAGGGAAAGAAAGAGAUGGGAAGAGAAAGGGAGAGAGAGAGAGAGAGAGAGAGAGCUAGAAAUUGUGAAAGGCGCAACUUCAUCCUUCACCGAACCUCUUUGCUGGCUAGUAGGACGAGAUAUUGCUGUACAUUGCAUCACGAUUAUGUGUGUUGCCCACUCGCUCUUUGCACUGUUUGCCAUUCACGUUUCUAUCUUCUUGUUGUUGUUGUUGUUGUUGUUGUUGUUGUUGUUGUUGUUGUUGUUGUUGUUGUUGUUGUUGUUGUUGUUGUUGUUGUUGUUGUUGUUGUUGUUGUUGUUGUUGUUGUUGUUGUUGUUGUUGUUGUUGUUGUUGUUGUUGUUGUUGUUGUUGUUGUUGUUGUUGUU